AUGGCUGCUGCCCUCGAAAGUCGCCGGCCCGUCGUACCCAUGCCGCAGUGGUCAAACAUAAUCGGUUGCGCAAGGGCUAUUGUUGCCAUCCUGGUCCUCGCAUUUACCGCCGCCGCCACGGGUAUUUGGGGCGGCGCGCCAGGAUUUGGUAUCGCUCUGUUCACGGCUGGUCUGCCCAUCACCGUGGAGGGCCGCCGAGUGGCUACGGCUUUUGGCAUGCUCCAUUUGGACCUUCGGAUGUCGGGCUACAAAGUCAUCCGCGACACAGCAACAGAAGAGUAG